UGGCUAACAGGAUGGCAGGGAAGGCGUGGAGGUCAGCGAUUCUUAAUCUACUAAGAAAGUGGGGUUUAUCGGUCAAUGACAAGGAUAAAAUCAAGGCACAGGAAAUGUCACGGGUGGUUGGAGCUUUGAUGAAAGAGAAUCCACAACCCAGGACGUUCAUCCGUGGGAUGCAAACUGUUACUUUAAUCCCUGGUGAUGGAAUUGGUCCAGAGAUCUCCGGUGCUGUCAUGAAAAUUUUUGAAGCAGCUCAAGCACCUAUUCAGUGGGAAGAGAGAAAUGUUACUGCCAUCCAAGGACCUGGUGGCAAGUGGAUGAUUCCUCCUGAUGCCAAAGAAUCAAUGGACAGGAACAAAAUUGGUCUGAAAGGUCCUUUGAAGACACCGAUAGCUGCCGGCCAUCCCUCUAUGAACCUACUGCUUAGGAAAACCUUUGACCUCUAUGCCAAUGUGCGCCCCUGUGUGUCCAUCGAGGGCUACAAAACCCCCUAUACUGAUGUGAACCUGGUCACCAUCAGGGAGAACACUGAGGGAGAAUACAGUGGGAUUGAACAUGUGAUUGUUGAUGGAGUUGUACAGAGUAUUAAGCUCAUUACUGAGCAAGCCAGCCAACGCAUUGCAGAGUAUGCUUUUGAAUAUGCCAGGAACAAUCAGAGGGCCAGUGUUACUGCUGUCCAUAAGGCCAAUAUUAUGCGCAUGUCUGAUGGACUUUUCCUCCGAAAAUGCAGAGAGGCUGCUGAAAAGCACAAAGAUGUGAAAUUCACUGAAAUGUACUUGGAUACUGUGUGUCUCAAUAUGGUACAGGAUCCUACACAGUUUGAUGUAUUAGUGAUGCCAAAUUUGUAUGGAGACAUCUUGAGUGAUCUUUGUGCUGGACUAAUUGGAGGUCUUGGAGUGACUCCUAGUGGGAACAUUGGCACCAAUGGUGUUGCCAUAUUUGAGUCGGUUCAUGGAACUGCACCAGAUAUAGCAGGAAAAGACAUGGCCAACCCCACCGCCUUGCUGCUUAGUGCGGUCAUGAUGCUGCGGCACAUGGGUCUACAUGGCCAUGCCAAGAAGAUCGAAAUGGCUUGCUUUGACACCAUUCGAGACAAAACGGUUCUGACAAAAGACCUGGGAGGAAACUCAAAGUGCUCCGAAUUCACAGAUGCAAUAUGUCAGCGAGUGCGGGAUAUGGACUAAAAAGAUGCUAAUGUGGCCGUGAGUUAAGUGUUAAGAGUUUGGGCCUCUUUACUUCAUCAUUUCAUGUUGUAUCAGCACAUUUUUAACCAAAAUAUGUAUUUUAAAAAUGACUCAGGAGUUUGAGAUCCUGAUUGUUUUAUUUUUUUGCACACCCCAAAGCACUGUCUUAAAACUUUUGACCAACAGUUUCUGUAUAUGUGAUAUGCAAUUAUUCUUUAACUGCUAAAUGUGUGGUGUAUAUUGUCUAUUUAUUGGCUGAAUUUGGCCUCUUGUCAAAUGUCUUUGACACUGUUAUUUUGUCAAGACACAUUCAAAUUGGAGCUUUUAUAAUUUGAACAUUAUUAGGCUCCAUAACAUGAAACUUGAAAAUGUUUUGCACUCCUUUCUGCAAGUCUUCUCUUCAUAUCAUAGUGUUCUGUGCUUCUAAUAUAAUGAAUGUAUAGUUAACACAAUGAAUAUUACAUCAUAAAUGCCAGACUUUUUAUUUAAUGUUAAUGAAAAUGACUACUCUUGGUGUUAUAAGGUCCACUUGAUCCAUGGUGACUAUGAUCUAUGUAAUUAGACUACAAAAUACAUUGUAAGAUCCUAUCAUGCAAGUAACUAGUGUUAACUAGCAAUAAAAUGAAUUAUAGACAAAUAUUUCAGCCUAUGAGAAGAUGUGAGUA